ACAGGCAGUCCUGCGUCCAUUCACCUGGCUGGCAGGAGACUGUAGCUGGCAUCUGCCUGUCUUCCUAUCUAUUGGCUGCGAGCUGCAGGGGAAGGGCUUGGGGAUUAAUUACACAGCACUAACUUUUUGUGUAGCUUUAGGGUACAUGCUAAAAAAAGUCUGGGAGAGGCAACGACAGAGCAAAAGAAGAACCGGGAAAGCAUAAUUUGGGGAGUCAUUUGAUGACAUUUUUCCAAUUUUUUUCCCCCCCCUCAAGGAUUUUCUAAUCUUCCUGUACAGGAAAGUGAAUUUGCAAGAAACAGAAAGUCAAGACGCAGGAGAAGGUGUCGCCGCUCUGCCAUCCCCAGCUACCCAUAGGAAGGGGGAGGACCCGUGGAUUAUGCACCUACAGCAAAGGAAUAGAAGAUGAAAGGGUCAACUGCCCUCUUGGUGGCGCUGCACGCACUAAUAAUACUCCCUGAGCGCAGCUCCGGUCAGCAAGCAAGAUGCGACAAUAUCUACGACUCAGAUAUAGUAAUUCUGAUAGAUGGAUCAUCUAGUAUCGGAAGGGUGAACUUCCGGAUGAUUAGGACGUUUAUGGAAGGGUUGGUCCUCCCUUUUAUAAAUGUCAUCAAUCAGGAAGGAGUGCGGUUUGCAGUUGUCCAAUACAGCGAUGACCCAAGAACAGAGUUCGAUUUCUCUCAAUACCAAAAUGGUUCCCAGGUGAUUCAGGCCAUAAGAACCCUGUCCUACAAGUCAGGGAACACACGGACGGGCACUGGACUGAGAUAUGUGGCAGAUAACUUUUUUGGAACAUCCUUCCUGCGGCCCAACAUACCCAAGAUUGUAAUUUUGAUAACGGAUGGAAAAUCCCAGGAUGAGGUUGACGAAGCAUCAGAGAGACUAAAGAGCCAAGGAAUAAAAAUCUUUGCUGUCGGAAUAAAAAAUGCUGACAGUCGGGAGCUGACCAGAGUAGCGUCUACUCCAGUAGAGGACUUCUUCUUCUAUGUCAAUGAUUUCAGGAUUCUGGGGACUCUUCUUCCGCUUGUAUCCCGCAAAGUUUGUGUAUCUACUGGAGGACUCUACAUUCCUGACAUCACCUCAGAAACUUAUACAGGACCUUCCAACCUGGUUUUCUCUGAUCAGACAGCAGACUCCAUGAGGAUACGAUGGACGGCAGCCACAGGGCCAGUUACUGGAUAUAAAAUUGUUUAUGGUCCCCUUACUGGUUUAGGACAGCAGAUCCCACUGGAGCUAAGAGAGAUCAGCCUGACCUCCGCACAGACAUCUACCCUCCUACAAAACCUCCGGGCUGGCACAGAUUAUUCGGUUACUGUGACCGCUUUAUAUGCCAACAGCAUUGGAGAGUCCGUCUCUGGCCGGGGAAAGACCUUAAUCCCCCUUGGCAUAUCCAACUUCAGAGUAACAGCGGCCGGCCCUUCCUUUCUGAGACUGGCAUGGACCGUUUCUGGAGGAGAACCCCCAUCAGGAUACAGGCUCGCCUAUUCCACUAGAGAUGGAAGGACAGGAGAGAAGACCCUGAGUGGAAGUGCAUUGUCCGACACCCUCGGGGACCUCAGAUCCGAUACCGAGUAUAUUCUGGUGCUCUAUCCCCAGUACCAGCAGCAGACCGGUGCAUCGGUCACUGUUACUGGCCGAACCCAGCGUUUAGGUGGAGUCACUGACCUGAACAUCCAAGAUGUGACCUCCCAAAGUAUGACAGCAACAUGGAGGGGGGUCAGAGAAGCCACUGGUUACCGAAUCUCCUGGGUAUCCCAAACAGGAGACGACACCAAAGAUUUCGAUGUUGGCCGAACCGUUUCUUCUUAUGCCAUCCAGAAUCUGCAGCCUAACACCGAGUACACUGUGUCCGUCAGCCCGCUCUUCGGAGCCACGGAAGGAGCAGCUGUGUCCACCCGAGUCAAAACAGAAUCCGGGAUUGCUCAGGUGCUCAGAACAUUUGCCAACAGUCCGACCUCCAUCCAGGUGACGUGGAAUCUCAUCCCUGAGGCCACAGGCUACCGGCUGGAGUGGAGACGAGAGAGAGGCGGCGCAAAAAGUCCACAGAUCGCGAACCUACCGUCAACCGUCAACAACUAUGACAUCACCGGUCUCCGGCCGGGAACAGAAUAUCGUAUCACACUGUUCACACUGUAUGAUGGCAAGGAAAUUGCGACACCUGCAACCACUUCUGAAACAGGUGCCAUCGGCUCAGUCACAAACUUGCGGCUCAUAGAUGCCACAGGCAGGCGGGUGCGGUUGUCAUGGAAUGGAUUAGCUGGUGCUACAGAAUACAAGGUUGUGAUUCGCAGUGCUGAUGGAAGCUUUGACAGAACGGUAAACGUUCCCGGCAACCGAAACACGAUUGACAUCGAUGAGCUCCAAGAAGACAUAACUUACUAUGUCGUGGUAUCAGCGCUUAUAGGGAGGCGAGAGGGCUCCCCCGUGUCCAUCAGUGUCCGAACAGAAGCAGUGGGGUUUUCCAUCACAAACCUCCGUGUCUUGGAUGCAAGACGAGGACGUAUCGUUUUGGCGUGGAACGGCGCGCCCAGGGCCACGGAAUACAGAGUCUUCAUCAGAAAUUCAGAGGAUGGGACGGAGAGGAGUCAGGUGCUUUCUGGAGACCAGACAACGUAUGAACUCACAGAUAUACAAGAAGGCAUCACGUACACAGUGAGAAUCACGCCCGUGGUGGGGACCAGAGAGGGGAACCCUGUGGCCAUCAAUGUAAAGACAGAAGACACAGUGGUGGCCGGAGUUGCAAACCUUCGGGUAGUGGAGACAACACCGUCCAGACUUAGGAUCGCGUGGACUGGGAUUGCCAGAGCUACUGGUUACAGGGUCACAUGGAGGCAAAGUGAUGGUCGUGAGAUUAGCAGGACACUACCGGCAGGAACAGCGUCUUAUGACAUUGAACCUUUGCAGGGGAACGCGGUUUAUGUCAUUGGGGUGACGGCUUUAAUUGGCAGCACUGAAACCAGCCCUGCCACCAUCACCGUUCGAACAGAGGAAGAUUCUGUUGACCAAGUGACAAACUUGCGAAGUACUAGCAUUGGAGAGAAUACCAUACGCCUGCAGUGGAGCCCGGUUGCAAGAGCGACAAACUAUAGGAUCACCUGGAGGCGCAGAGACGGUGUUGAGGUUUCGAGGUUGGUGACCAGGGAUGUAACGUCCAUAGACAUCACAGAUUUACUGCCUGGGACGGCCUACACCAUCUUCGUCUCCACUCUGAUCGGCACCACAGAGAGUGAACCCGUAUCGAUUGUUGCACAAACAGCUCGGCAGGAGGUUGGCGCUGUGACAAGUCUGCGGAUAUUUGAAAGCCAAAAUACCAUAAGAGUGACAUGGGUCGGGGUUCAAGGAGCUACAUCCUAUAGAGUCUCCUGGAGCUCUGAGGAGGGUGGUUCCGAACAAACUAGAGAGGUGCCGGGUAAUGCCAGCUCAUUCGAGCUGGUCGACCUGGAGCCAGGUGUCCGAUAUGUUGUCAAAGUCACGGCACUGGUGGGCAAUCGUCAGGGGGAACCGGUCUCUACGAGCGUGACAACGCCGGACAUUCAGGCAAAUCCUGUGAGAGAUCUCAGAGUAACAGAUGUAUCACGUCAACGGGUGAGACUUACCUGGUCAGCAGCACCUGGAAGCACCGGAUACCUAAUCUACUGGAGACGGGUAGAUGGUGAAGGUGGACCUGAAUCAAGCCGGCAGGUGUCUGGAGACGUGAGGUACUAUGACAUCGACAACCUUCUCGCCGGCGCCCGUUAUCAGUUCCGUGUGAUCUCUCUAGUUGGGAGCCGGGAGAGUGAAGCUGUGUCGAUCCUAGACAACACCGUCUGUGGGACCGGUAGGACGGACAUUGUGUUCAUGGUGCACACGACUCAGGAUAAUCAGUACAACGAGGAGAACAUCAAAAGGUUCCUCUCACAGGCCGUGUCCUCAGUGGGGCAGCUGGGACCCGAUGCUACGCAGAUUGCAAUUGGAGCCUACAGUUUUCGGCAGCGUCCCUCAGUCCUGCUGAACCGUUCCAGCGAGCUGCGGUCAGUUCUGCAACAAAUUCAGAACAUCCCGUUCUCUGAUCCCAGCGGGACCACCAUUGGUGGUGCCAUAGAUUUUGCAAGGAACUAUCUAUUCACCCGGGCCUACGGCAGAAGGCAGAAUGUUCCUGGUGUUCUGGUAAUCUUUGCAGAUAGUCCAUCAUCAGAUGAUGUUCUACAAGCAGCGAAUGCCCUCACAGCUACAGGUAUUCGGGUUUUGGCAGUAGGAACGAAUGGAGCUGACCAGGAACAGCUACGUAGAAUAGUCUCUGGUCAGAGCCCGCGGAACGUCUUUUACACAGCGGAUAUCGCAAACCUGAACAGCCUCAUGGAUCCUUUGGCAGAGGCGAUAUGUACUGUCACCCAAGUGGAAGAGCCUUGUACGGUGCAAUGCCCGCAGGGCGAGAGAGGUCAGAAAGGAGAAAUAGGGAGCAGCGGCCGCCCAGGAUCAACAGGACCACCAGGAGACUCCGGUCGACCAGGUCCCCCUGGUCCACAGGGGCCAGUUGGACCCCGUGGCCCUGCUGGAGAGGGUACAGCCACAAGAGGACAGAAGGGAGAAACUGGAGAGCCAGGAGAUGAUGGUCUCCCAGGAAGUCCCGGCCGCCCUGGUAGUAAUGGCACGCCUGGCACCCCGGGGAGUAAAGGAUCUCAAGGCGAGAAGGGGGAAGCAGGGGAAGGCGGACCUGCAGGUCCAGUUGGUCCAAGAGGAGAGAGAGGAUUACCAGGUGAACCCGGGGAGGUGAUAAACGGCGGAGGAGGGGUACCAGGCCGAAAAGGCGAAACGGGCAAUCCGGGAACUCCUGGUCAGCCUGGAAUCCCGGGACAGAGAGGAUUACCAGGAACUCCAGGACAACCUGGACCAGAAGGACCCAGCGGACCUCCAGGUGUUUCAGGACAAUCAGUGAAGGGAGAAAGAGGAGAACGAGGUGAGAGAGGUCUUCCAGGAUUAGUCAAUGGUGUGGCCAGCAAGGGAGAGCCGGGAAGUCCAGGUCUGCCUGGUCAAAACGGAUCACCGGGGCCCCGGGGGCCAGCAGGACUUCAAGGACUAAAAGGUGACAAGGGAGAGGCAGGAGAAGGCUUCCCCGGUGAACAAGGACGACCCGGAGAUCCAGGUGAUCGAGGGCCCAGAGGACCUCCAGGAGAACAAGGAAUAAAAGGUGACCGUGGACAAUCUGGCCUGGAUGGAGACCCUGGAGUGAAGGGAGAUCGAGGUUCUCAAGGAUUUCAAGGGCUUAAGGGAAAUCCAGGACAAAACGGUCAGCCAGGUCCAUCCGGACCCUCGGGGCCUUUAGGACCGGCGGGGCCACAAGGAGAAAAGGGUGCCCAAGGAGCUCCGGGGGAGCCUGGCGCAUCGGUUUCCACUGCGGCUGGGAUGAAAGGAGACAAGGGCGAUCGUGGUCUGCAGGGGAUCGGGGGUCCAAAAGGAUCAAGAGGUGACCCAGGAGAGAAAGGCGAGAGAGGUCCGGAAGGAUUCGGCUCUCCUGGGCAGCCGGGAGCUAAAGGAGAAGCAGGGGAUAGGGGACCCAUGGGUCCGGCUGGAAGAGCAGGUCCAAAGGGAGAACCCGGCGAUCCGGGGCAGAAUGGAGAACCUGGAAAGCAAGGUCCUCCAGGACAAAUUGGGCUUCGGGGCAAAGAAGGAGAAAAAGGAGACAAGGGAGAAGAAGGGACGCCGGGAGAAUCAGGUAUUCCAGGCAGGAACGGAGAAAGGGGCCCAAGGGGUCUUCCAGGGGUAAGAGGCAACUCAGGAGAAAAGGGGGAUCCAGGAGAACCUGGGGAGACAGGGAGAGACGGGAGCCCUGGAGCUGGUGGCAGUAAAGGCGAACGCGGUGACUCCGGGCCCCAAGGACCUCAAGGACCCCCAGGAAAACCAGGUACCAUUGAGUCUAUGGUUCCGGGACUGAAAGGUGACAAGGGUGAUGCGGGUGACCCCGGAGAACAUGGGAUGAGAGGCCAGAAGGGGGAAGCUGGUGUAAACGGUCUUGCUGGAGAGAGGGGUUUGGAAGGAACCAGAGGUCCACCUGGAAGUCGGGGAGAUACUGGAGAUCGCGGCGCUCCAGGUGACAAGGGUGAACGUGGACCUCCAGGAAAUGAUGGAAGAAAUGGAUUGGAUGGAAAACCGGGACAACCAGGGACACCAGGACUGAGAGGUGAUGCCGGGAAACAGGGAGAUCCAGGUCGAGAUGGUCUUACAGGACUAAGAGGAGAGCAAGGACCCCCUGGACUAAUCGGACCAGCUGGACCACCAGGAGUACCAGGAAAACCCGGAGAUGAUGGGAAGCCUGGUCUGAAUGGUAAAAAUGGGGAGGAUGGUACUCCUGGAGAAGAUGGCAGGAAGGGUGAUAAAGGUGAAGCUGGUCCUCCAGGGAGAGACGGUCGUGAUGGUACCAAAGGAGUUCAAGGAGAAGUAGGCCCACCAGGUCUAGCAGGAGUACCAGGAGUUCCAGGACCACCAGGAAUAGUUGGUGCUCCAGGACAGGGAAUCCCUGGAGUUGCUGGCCCAGCUGGACCAAAGGGUGACCGAGGUGAAGCAGGAUCUAAAGGUGAACAGGGACGGCCUGGAGAAAUGGGUCUGAAAGGGGAGCCUGGAACUGCUGCAAAUGUAGAGAGAUCUCUGAAUGCUUUGGGAAUCAAGAUUUCUGCACUGAAAGAUGUCAUUGAUGUCUUCGAUGAUGGCUCCGGAAUAUCCGUCCUUCCUGUCUCAAAGAUCGUUAAGGGAGAACCUGGGGAACCGGGAGCGAAAGGAGCUCCAGGCAGAGAUGGAACAAUGGGAUUUCCUGGGGAGAGAGGACAGAAAGGAGAAAAUGGAGAUCAAGGUCCUCCUGGACCACAAGGCCCUACCGGACGUGCUAUUGGAGAGCGAGGUCCUGAAGGACCACCAGGACAAUCUGGAGAAGCUGGAAAACCUGGAAUUCCAGGAGUACCAGGGAGGACCGGAGAAACUGGAGAACAAGGAAAAGCAGGAGAGAAGGGUGACCGGGGAGAGAGAGGAGAACGAGGAGAAAGUGGCAAGGAUGGAGCAAGGGGAUCUAUUGGACCCCCAGGACCUAAGGGGGAAGCAGUAGAACUUAUUGCCACUGGGCCGCGUGGAGAAAGAGGACUACCAGGACCAAAGGGAGCCAUGGGUGACCCAGGAGAAGAUGGUGUGAAAGGACCCAAAGGAGAUAAGGGAGUAGAAGGUCCUAAAGGAGACAGAGGUGACCCAGGAGAGAAGGGCAAAGAUGGCCCCCCAGGGCUCCAAGGAGAGAGAGGACUAGCAGGGUCUGAAGGAAAACCGGGUAUGCCAGGCUUCCCAGGAGUGCUCGGCCGACCGGGAAACCCAGGAGAGCCAGGUCAACAGGGUCCUCCCGGUCCCCCUGGACCAGCUGGGCUAAAGGGCAAUCAAGGAGAACCUGGACCCAGUGUUAGAGGCUUUCCAGGUCCACCGGGCAUUGCUGGACCCCCUGGUUUACCUGGAUCACCUGGAUUAGCGGGCCCGCAAGGACCUCCCGGCGUCCCUGGCUUAGUGGGAGAAUCAGGAAAAAAUGGAAUACCUGGCAGAGAUGGAUUACCGGGCAAAGAUGGAGAACCUGGACUUUCAGGGAAGAUGGGUAUUCCAGGUCCUCCAGGUGCUGUCGGAGCCAAAGGAGCGACGGGAGAAGCCGGUACUCCCGGAGAAUUUGUGGCUGGUGCCCCUGGACCAAAAGGAGAUAAGGGUGCUUCUGGUGACCAAGCCAGUCAAAUUCCAGGUGAACCGGGCGAAAGGGGAGACAGAGGAUUACCUGGUCCUAGAGGAGAGAAGGGGGAACAAGGGAAAAAUGGAGACACUGGAGACCCUGGAGAAGAUGGAUCCAAAGGUCCUCCAGGAGCCAAAGGUGAUAAAGGUGCAAUUGGCAUUGGGUUACCUGGACCUGAAGGACAGAUAGGACCACCAGGCUUGAAGGGUGAUGUCGGGCUGCCUGGUCCACCAGGUCCACCAGGUCUUCAAGGUAUUGCUGGGACUCCUGGCCAGCCAGGUCAGAGAGGAGAACUGGGACAGGUUGGAUCCCCUGGUGCACCUGGGGAUAGGGGUUUAAUCGGUUUCCCUGGAAGAGAAGGGAAUCCAGGAUCACAAGGACCAUCAGGGGCUCCUGGGCCAACGGGACCCCCAGGACCUACAGGAAUCAAGGGUGACAAGGGUGAUCCAGGAAUUGGUCAGUUGGGUCCUAGAGGAGAGAGAGGAGAUUCAGGUCCAAGGGGCGAGGAUGGCCGUCCAGGAUUGGAAGGUGACCGUGGCCCUCAGGGUCUUCCAGGAAACAGAGGAGAACGAGGAGACAAGGGUGACAUCGGUCUUGUAGGAGUUAAGGGAGACAAGGGUGACACUCUGACCAUUGAAGGACCUCCAGGAGCAAAAGGAAAUAAAGGAGAGCUGGGUGACCGCGGAAUUAAAGGGUCUGAGGGAGAAAAGGGGGACAAAGGAGACCAAGGAGCGAGCGGAGAAAAGGGAGUCAAAGGAGAGGCAGGAGACAAAGGGACAACCGGUUUUGUAGGACCUCGCGGACCUGGUGGACAAAAGGGUGAAACUGGAAAUCCAGGAGAACCAGGAGAAGCCGGUAUCCCGGGUAAAGAGGCAUUACCUGGACUACGUGGAGAGAAAGGAGAACCAGGUCUAAAUGGGUUUAGAGGACCAAAGGGAGAUCGUGGUAUGAAGGGUCUUUGUGGCCAGGAUGGAGAGAAGGGGGAUAAGGGUGACACUGGCAUGACUGGACGCCAUGGUCUUCCUGGAAAAAAAGGAGAUUCGGGAGAAUCUGGGAUCCCGGGACAGUCCGGCUUGCCUGGAAAAGAAGGUCUUGUUGGAGCCAAGGGCGACAGAGGGAUGGAAGGCUUACAGGGUACUAAAGGAGACCAGGGAGAAAAAGGAGAAAGAGGUCCACUGGGUAUAAUCGGUCCAUCUGGACCCAGAGGUGUUGAUGGAACUCUAGGUCCUCCUGGCCCCCCUGGUCCUCCUGGUUCUAAGGGUCCUGAAGGCAUUCAAGGACAGAAGGGUGACAGGGGCCCUCCUGGAGAGGCUGUUAUGGGGCCACGUGGAAUACCAGGGGUAUCGGGAGAGCGAGGUGACCAGGGACACAUUGGACUAGAUGGAGCGAAAGGAGAUAAAGGUCCUCCAGGAAUGACUGAGGACGAAAUCCGGAACUAUGUGAAGCAGGAGAUGAGCCUGCACUGCGCCUGUGGAGGUCAGUUCCCAUUUCCUGAAAAGAACUCUGGUUAUGGUCCCAACUAUCCAUCUCCCCAGUCGAAUCCAUCUAUCUCUCGUUUAGUCCCAGUCCUAAAGUUCUCUCACGCUGAGGAAGAUGAGGGACGUGAGCUGAAGGAGGUGGUGAACACCAAUGAUCCUGAUUAUGAGCAUAUAUACACAGUGGACGACUACAAGGAAGAUAUGGAUGAAGAUGGGACCGAGAGCGCAAUUCUGUCUGAUGAUAUGACAAUCCCAACAAUAUCUGAGGCCAGUGUUCGAAGGAAGAGAGACACUGCACAAUAUGAUAUAUGUAGUCUCCCCAUGCUGGAAGGGGAAUGCACCAAAUACACAUUAAAAUGGUAUUAUAAUCAGCGGGUGAGAGAAUGUCGCCCGUUUGUGUACAGUGGCUGCGGUGGAAAUCUCAACAGGUUCGAUGAGCAGGAUCAGUGUGAGCUACAAUGUGGGCACAGAAAAGAUAAACCCCAAGAAGACGGAAGCUAAGACAUCGCGCAGAACUAGAAAAAUAUAUGUAUAUUGUAAUAUCUUUGUAAGAUUCAAGUUUGAAAAAAAACCUUGCAAGUUAUAGGGUCCAAAUUGUGAUCCCCUGUUAUUAGAUCUGGGAAAUAUUUGUAUUUUUUAUUGUUAAUAUAAUUAUGAUUUCUGUAUCUCAUAUUAUAUGGUGCAUAGAACUUUUUUCGUAGCAGAGAAUUGGUGCUAAAUUUGAUACUAUUUUUCUACUGAAAGGGAAUUUUUUUUUUAGCAAAUCACAUCGUACAGGUUGUAGGUUACAUGAGAGAGACCAUGAUUUGUCAUUAAAGCUCUCCAGUACAACCAAAUGAAAGAGGGUCUACCAAAAAUCAGAGUAAGGGCUCAUUCACACAGCCGUUGCCGUAUUGCAUACGGCGGGUCCGCAAUACACGGGGCACCGGUCGUGUGCAUUCCGCAUCACGGAUGCAGACCCAUUCACUUGAAUGGGUCCUCAAAUCCGGAGACGAGGUGCGGAACGGAAGCACUACGGAGUUUUUCCGCGGGGUUCCGUUUCGUGCCUCCGCAACGCAUAAAGAUAGAACUUGCUCUAUCAUUUUGCGGAACGGACGGAAUGUGAAUGGGUCCGCGAUCCGCAUGCAGCUGCCCCACGGUCGGUGCCCGUGCAUUGCGGACAAGGGCAGCACACGGUCGUGUGAACGAGCCCUAACACUGAGUAACACUGAGCCUCCUAUCCCCUUUGGGACCUUCAGACUACAGUAGGCACAGAAGAGUUGCCAAGGACUUGCUUUCUGACAACCUUAUAUAACCUCAGUUCACUGACAACAUGCCCCUGAUUUUUAGAUCCGAGUAUGCCAAGACUGGUUGCUAAGGAUUUUCUAUCUUAACAACCUCAUAUAUAACCUCCACGGCACUCACUGACAAUUUGGCCUUGAGUUGUAAAACUGAGAAAG